AUGUACAGCUGGGAAAGACGCGCAGCUGAGAACCUUACUAAUGCUGAACACAUGCGUGAGGUGAGGAAGAGGAUAGACCUUAAAUAUCAGGUAAGCUAUGUUCCAAAGAGGUAGUCCUAAAUCUUGUACAUUAGUAGUUCUUAAAUAAUUUCAAUGACAUGAAGGUUUACAGGGCAUAGACAAUUGUAUGCAUGGAUGUUGUUCAAGUAUGACAGCAACUGAAAACAAUGGUAGCCUAUUGUGUAGAGAUUAUAGCUGAAUGAAAGUGAUGGUAAUGAGGGUGAUUAUAUGGAAAUGAAGGUAAUUAUGUUGCAGGACCACCUACGCAGACGGGAACAGGAAAGGGCAGACGCAGAGGUGAGGAGGGAAAUACACAGAGUACGGCCACCAUCAUCAACACCUCAGACAAAUAGGUUCAAAGCCUGCACGUAUGAAAGACCAUGGGCACAGGGAGCGCCAGACACCAAGAAGGUAUUAACUCUUCACACUUCUACAGUUUUACAAGUGCCACAUAACAUUGGCUAUACAUGUCAUUGAAACAACAUUGGUCCCGUGUAGCUCAGUUGGUAGAGCAUGGUGCUAAAGUAAAAUGUAAACAUCUCUACAGUUCAUUGGUUGAGACUGUAGCCUACUUUCCACUUUAUCCAUCCUCUAAUAGUUUCUCUAAACCUUGUCUUACUGCCUGCAGUCCUCCAGCUCUGUGAAAUCCACCAGAUCAGAGACGAGAAACUCACAGAACAAAGGCUCAGUGUACCGCCUCCCUGCCAUCUCCAGCGGAACCCAGAGAAGUGUAACCCAAAGUAGAACAACAGAACUGGCAACCACAUCAAAGACUCGGAGAAGAGCCACUGCCCUACUGGCAUCCCACUGUAAGAUUCUCACAAUGCAUUCUCUGCUACAUCCUCUUAGACCAGGGUUUCCCAAACUCGGUCCCCUCCGGGUGCACGUUAAUUUUUUUGCCCUAGCACUACACAGCUGAUUCAAUAAAUCAAAGCUUGAUGAAUCAGCUGUGUAGUGCUAGGGCAAAAACCAAAACGCCCCAGGACCGAGUUUGGGAAACCCUGUCUUAGACAACUGACUUCCCUCAGCAGUGGUUAUGGGGGGUCCAAUGACUCCAUUUACAUUACAUUUGUUACCAGAUUGUUAUACUUUCUUCUUUAUGCUUUUUUAAAGGUAAGGAACAAUCUCCACCAUGUCACAAACACAGAUCUGUGGACAUAAAAAACAGAGCCUGUAAGUUAUCCACAUGUGCAACUAAGUCAAGCACUCUGAAACUAACACAAAGUCAAGACACAUUGAGGGGGAAGAGCAAGAUGGGAGCGCCAUCAUUUGACCAUGCAGAUAGUUCAAACAUCCAGGUCAAGAGGCCAUUAGACAACUGCUCCCACCCACAGCCCCUGACCUCUUCUGGAAGGUCCUACACAGAUUUGUCCCAUCUCCCCUCACUGCAGUACCACCGCUCCCCCAGCCCAGACGACCCAGAGCCCCAUCCCUAUCUCCAGCUGAUCUCGGAUCCCUUCCAGGACUUCUCAGAGAGCAGUAGUAUCACAGAGGAGUACGUACGCAGUGAGGACACCUACAGGGCUGAGCUCUGCUCCGGGAGUUUAGCUGAUACCAGUUCUUCGUCCGUACCGGAGUCCCUCCCCACGCAGUGCCCCUCCAGCAGUGGCACCCUGGACAGCAGCUCUCUCAGCCUCAGUGACUCCUUCACCGGCCCCCUCAGCAGCCACUUCCGCACGCUGGGUGUUCUGUCCUCCGAGUCUGAGUCGGACGGGGAAGACGACGGCCAUUCAUGGCAGGAUGCUGAUAGAGAGAGCUACUACAUCCCUGUGAGGUGGACUGCCUCUCAGUCUAGUUCAAAUUACGUCAUCUGCCCGUCUCCCAGUGUCUGUACCGUCCGGAGUCCCCGGGGCCUGCAGUCCCAGCUGAGUAUGGAGUCAACAAACACCCCUGAAGAAUCAAGCAGUAGAGCUUCAUACACUGGAGGAGGAUAUAAUCCCAUGCCUUCACUGAUGCAAGUAGGUCGACUGUCCAUAUCACCGUUGUCCAUAUCACCCUCUGUCACACAGAGAGCCAGCAGGGGGACUCUCACUACCCCAGAGCAGCUGUAUGAACACCUCCCUGAGCUGGAUCACCUCAGCUCCCUCAGCCCCAGGAGAGCUAACCCCAUCUGGCUGGGCUCAGAGAGAUGGCUGGGGCUGGAGGCCUCACCACCCAGGACCAGCUACACCCUGAGGCACUCCCAGCUGGUCAGCAGGAUCCAGCAGGAGGAACCAGAGGAGGUCAGAGGGGCCAGUAGUAGUGACGGUAGUACAGAGGAUACUCCGUCCUCCAGCGAAGCCUCGCACCCUGGGACCUCUGGGCUGAUGGAUCACCUGACCAUGGCCCUCCAUGACAUCCGAAGGGAGGUGGCUCACAUUCAUAUGACAAACGCACAGCAGGGGAGCGGUGCUAUGGCAGCUCAGGAGGGCCAAUCAGCACCGGCUACCAACCCAGAGACGUUACGCAAAAUCAAAGAACGGUGAGAGGAGCUUGAGAAUGGGACAAGUACUCAGUCCUUCUGUUCUUGUCAUUAUGUCAGAUGAGUAUCAUCUCUAAAUAUAGUUACUCGUCCCUUGAUAAUGUUUGGCAUUCACAUUUAUUUUGCUUACAGGUAUUUUAUACAGAUGUAGGAUCUUAAUUUGACCUACACUGAGUGUACUAAACAUGAAAAACACCUUUUAUAAAGUAGCAUGAAAUCAUCCUAUAUUCUUCAUCUCAUUUGUAAUCUUCUAACCUCCACAGUCUGUUGGAGGAGUCGUGUGAUGAGGAGGAAGGGGACCAGUGUCGUAUCUGUCAGUGUGGUGCUGGCUCCCCCACCAACCCCCUGCUCACCCCCUGUCUCUGCUCCGGCAGCCUGCAGUACAUCCACCACGACUGCCUGAAGAGGUGGAUCCAGACUAAAAUACAGUCAGGUCAGUUUGAGUUUAAUGACUGAUUGAAUUGUUGAAAUGAAUCAUGAUGGUCUGGCUCUGAACUGACCGAAGGAAUGAAGUGUGUGUUUGUGUGUGUUUCCAGGGACCACACUGUCUGCGGUCAAAACCUGUGAGUUGUGUAAGGGGAGCUUAACACUGGAUCUGGACGACUUUGACAUGGAGGAGUUUUACCAAAGGCAUGCCCAGACACAGGUACACAUCCCUUCUUUUGCAUAUCCCUAUAGCAUACUACCCAGCUGUCCAAUAACUGUAUCAGUCGGUUGUUGUGACUAACAAUUCCGCUAGAUGGGCCAGCUGCGAAGUCAAAAUUGGAUAUAUUGUAAAAAUUCAUCAAAAUCAAAAUGAGCUUUUAGCUCUUAAUUUGACGUUAGGCAUUUGGGUUAGCCGUGUGGUUAUGGUUAAUGUUAGGGUUAAAAUCAGAUUUUAUGACUUUGUGGCUGUGCCGGCUAUUGACCACUCCGCAGAGCUGCCUCCAGUACAAGAUGAAUGACGGAAAACGCUAACCUGCUGUGUGAUAUGUAUGGCAUGCUAGUAGGAGGAAAUAUUAGUAGGUUGUUUAUCUCAUCCAUAUUCUCUUUUCCCCUCCUCUGACUUCCCUGCCGUCCCAGGUGGAGCAGACCAGUCCAGAGCUGUACAUGUUGCUGAUCCUUCAGCAGAGGUUCUCAGAGCUGCUGCAGGCGGCCCAGUCACGUAGCAACGUCGUCUCUAGGGUAGGGAGGAACUGUUUCAUGGUGAUGGUGCUCAUG